AUGAAUCAUGACACUUGGACAAGAAAAUAGAAGAGACAGAAGGACUGACGCCCACUGGAAAGCAGAGUGCGUGGACUCAUCAAAUAUGGAGCUGAAAAUAUGAGCAGAAUGGAUCUAGUCCAUUACACAGUUUCUUUCAUCGCAAUGACUCAUUUGAAUCAGGGACUUCUGGCUGUGCGCCACUGCAGACGUGGGAUUCACUUGGGGGACCACUGAUCUGGGACCUGUCACUGCGGGCUGAUGUGUUUGUUGGAUUACAAUUCCUGUAACAAGUGGAAAGGAAACUGACGACUCAGCAUGUUUUCGUCACGUAUCUAAAAGGAACUUCGAAACGUCCAGAGGCAUCAAUUGUUGCUGAAACUGAGCCGAAGUCUCACAAGUCCGAGAUGCUUGAUUGUUCCGAGUGAUGUGGUGGACUUGAGGAUGGACCGGAACCAGCAGCUCAGUUCGGACGCAGCGCGUUGAUGGCACUGCGCACCGGGAGAACUUGGCUUGCUCAGGUCUUGCAGCGGGUCUCUUGGCUGCGGGACUCCUGCUCCAGACGAUCCAGCAGUCUGCUGUGUCUCUCCGUGUUCCAGGAGCCACAUCUUGGGGGCUGUACCAGGUACAAGGUGUCCGACUUCCGCUACCCCAGCGUCCUCCAGCCCGGGCACGUUUACCGGAGCGCACUUUUCUGCGCCUCCGCCUCAGGGCGCAGCGGCUUCUCCAACUGCAGAUUCCCGGGAGGCAAAAGGGGACAUGAGCCCCUCGGUCGCUGGUUCCUGUUGGCAAUGAAGAGGCAGAAUGUGCGGACUUUAUCUCUGAUCAUUUGCACCUUCACCUACCUGCUCGUCGGGGCUGCGGUAUUUGAUGCCCUCGAGUCCGACUACGAGACGCGAGAGAAGGAGCAGUUGGAAGCGGAGGAGAAGCGCCUGCAGGGGAAAUACAACAUCAGCGAGGACGACUACCGCAAACUGGAGAUCAUCAUCAUGGAAGCGGAGCCGCACAGAGCCGGUGUGCAGUGGAAAUUCGCAGGGUCCUUCUACUUCGCUAUUACCGUCAUCACCACAAUAGGUUAUGGUCACGCAGCACCAGGAACGGAUGCAGGGAAGGCCUUCUGCAUGUUCUAUGCUGUCCUUGGAAUACCUCUGACCCUUGUUAUGUUCCAAAGUCUGGGUGAGAGGAUGAACACUUUUGUGAAGUACCUGCUGAAGCGCAUUAAGAAGUGCUGUGGGAUGAGCAUCACUGACGUGUCCAUGGAGAAUAUGGUAACAGUGGGUUUUUUCUCCUGCAUCGGGACCCUGUGCAUUGGAGCUGCUGCCUUCUCCCACUACGAGGAAUGGAGUUUCUUUCAGUCCUACUAUUAUUGUUUCAUAACGUUGACAACAAUUGGCUUUGGAGACUUUGUGGCCCUUCAAAAGAACAGGGCCCUCCAAAAAAAGCCCUUAUAUGUGGCCUUCAGCUUCAUGUACAUCCUGGUGGGCUUAACUGUCAUCGGAGCCUUCCUCAACCUGGUGGUGCUGCGUUUCCUGACGAUGAACAGUGAGGAUGAACGGCGGGAUGCGGAGGAGCGGGCGUCGCUCGCUGGGAAUCAAAGCAGUAUGCUUAUACACAUUCAGGACGAGACACUGGAGCGGGUCAGGAAACGACGACGGGAGCUGUACCGAGCAGAGGUGAUGGAUCUUCAGUCAGUCUGCUCCUGCAUACACUAUCACUCACAUGACUUUGGGAGCUCUGGGCUCGGUGGGCUGGUCUGUGCCCUUUCACAUAAAAACUCCUUCAGCUCGCAGCUGAACCCCGCUCAAUACUUCCAGGGAGUUCCUUACCGAAUUGAGGAAAUAUCACCCAGCACCUUGAAAAACAGCUUCUUUCCGUCACCCAUCAGUUCUGUUUCGCCUGGUCUCCACAGCUUCACUGAGAAUCACCAGCUUAUGAAGAGACGUAAAUCCAUUUAGAGCAGGAGGUUUUAUAUGCAGGGUCAUGUACAUACAAUGCUGCUCUUGAGCAACGUUUACCUGAGCAACUUUAUUUCCAUUUCUGGAUUCCAGGUGAACAAGACUUCCUGGAGCGAUGAAGAUGAGAAAUGUGCAUGGACACGCAGAGAAGCAUGAAGCAUGGAUAUCUAUUUUUACAAGGGGUUGUUCAGUUUCUGCAACAAUCUCCAAAUAUUGAUAUACACACUUAUUUCCAAUCUAGAUACACACAUAUGGGGGAGACCUCUUUUUAAAAAAAAAAAAAAAAAAAAAAAAGAAAAGGCUUGUUUCACCUAACAUCUACAUGGGUUGGACAAAAGAAUGGGAACACCUUAAAGCUUUUUUAGCUUUAAGCUUUUUAGCUUUAAAGCUUUUUUAGCUUUAAGGUGUUUCCAUUAUUUUGUCCAACCCCUGUAACUGCAGGCAGAAUACCAAAUGUCUGAAUGCCGAAUUGUUUUCUAAGUCUUAUAUUCAACACUUUUGCCACACAUGAAGAAAAACAAUUAUUGGUGAUCUAAGCAUGAGCGCUUGAUUUCCUUUGACAACAGUGCCAUGUAUUUUGUCAUUGAAAGAAUGCUGAAUGUAUAAACAAUGUUCUUGUUGACUCCUGCAAAUCACUUUUUUUUCACCUGGAUGGCGGCAAAUUCCUUUCCACAAAUACAGUAUGUGUCCAGGCUGCAGUGAAAAUAAUUACAUGGGUUUUACUCACCAAACAAUAGUCAUCUUGUUGGGAUCUUUAAAAUAAAGCUAUAAACCCAACAAACCCAAAAAUGAUCAAUGAGAUAUACACGUUGAUGCAUUUUUUUUCACAUUUAUCUGAUUCAAAUGUCAUAACCUUUAAGUAAAUUAUAACUAAGCCACUCACAAAUUUCUAGAGAAUGUGAAAAAUUCACACAAAAGUUUUAACAUAAAACUGUAGUGCUCCAUUUAAGUACCUGUACAAGAAACAAAGUCCGACAACAGGGUAGAUAACUAUGUCUCAUAGCAGUCACAUGUCGACUUGUUGUCUGUUAAUGGCACCCCACUCUUCAGAGUGAGCACACUUCAGGUAAUGGAGGUUCUGGGUUACAACAACAUAAACCGCUACAUGGCACUCAGUUGUCCCCAUAGGUUAUCUAUGGGGCUGUUGAAGUGUAGAAACCUCUUUUUGAGGUACCCCAAUCUCCCCGCAAACCGCUUUACAGAGUGAUGUCACAUUUGUAAAAGGCCAUCAUCAGGGAUAUGAUUUAUAAUAUUGUAGUGUGGUUUGAAAUGUCCUUCAAAAAAGCAUCACAAAGAAGAUGCAGUGGCCAUUUUCUAUUUAACAAAGUGCUAAAUCAGGGGUCACCAAACUGUCCAGGAAGGGCUGUAGUGGGUGCUGGUUUUUGUUCCAACCAACAAGCUCACACAGUUUAACCAAGCAGGUGUCAGCUGAAACUAGCAGCAGCUGACUGACAAUCAACUGAUGACAGAUGACCUGGUUGGUGAAGCUGUGUGUGCUUGAUUGGUUGGAACAAAAACCUGCACCCACUGCGGCCCUUUGUGACAGUUUGGUGACCCCUGUGUUAAAUGUUUAAGUCACUUAGCAACACACUAGUAGUACACUAUCGAUCAUGAUAAAAUUAUGAUUUCUAUUUCCUAAAACCUGAUCACAGAGAUAGUGUAGGUUGCACUUAGUCCAAGACUUGGGCUUCAUGUGGAAAUUUCACCUGUCCAUUGGAAAAGUAUAAGCUUAAGCCACUUACCAAAUGUCUUUCACAGGCGUCUAACACAAAGCCUCUAGUCAGUGAUGAACCAGAGCGGCGUUGGUUGGGGAUAAGCCGAAAGUCGGAAAAUAAUAAUAUGUCCUAUAAGUUUGGUUGAGUGCCAUUUAAAGUUUCAAAGCUUUCUUAGGAAUGAAUUAGCCAUCAUGAGCCUGCUUGAAAAUGACAUCCGUACCACUGAGCGACGUGAUGUCAAUUGUCACAUGUCCCAGUUGAACACAUUGCUGAGACUGAUGCGACACAAUUCCAUACCAACAGACCUCUAGUGAGUCCUAACCACAGACGGCAGAGGGCAGCAUCAUAGUUGUGACUCAAUCUGGAACUGGAGUCUUAAAUAUUGGUUCUUUACUCAGCCUUUGUAGGCUUCAUUUAUUGCAUGUGAUGGGGCAUCAAUCUCAAGGACAUGAUUUUGCAAAAAAUAGAAAUAAAACAAGUAAAUAAAUAUGUUAAAAAAAAAGUACAGGGGAGAUGCAAUUGCACUUCUGUGUGGGUAACACAAAAUAUUAUGAUUAUAAUGAUUUUUUUUUUUUUUUGUCUUUUCUCAUUCUAGUCUGUGGAAUAGAUUUUCUGGUCUGAUGAACAAAUAUGUUCUUAUUUUGCCGUUGCGUUGAGUGAGAACUCAAAAUUGAAUUUGUUCAGAAUUACCAUUUUAUCUGCACUUUGCUGGAUAUACUUUUGUUCCCUGCAUUUUUGUCUUUUUGUUCAUUUAUUUUUGGUUCAAUGUACGUGCAUGAUUGAAUGUAGAAGUCUCCUGGGUA